AUGGAGACCUGGAGCGUGUAUCCGACCAACAGCACGGUUUAUCAGGUUGCACUUGUGGAGAGCACCAGCAGCUACUCCCAGUUUACCGGACUCGAGCUGAUCCAGACAUACAAACCCCUCAUCGUUCCCUGCUACGUGCUGGUGGUCUUCAUUGGGAUCUUCGGCAACUACCUGCUCCUCUACGUCAUCUGCAAGACCAAGAAGAUGCACAAUGUCACCAACUUCUUCAUUGGCAACCUGGCCUUCUCCGACAUGCUGAUGUGCGCCACCUGUGUCCCUUUCACACUGGCCUACGCCUUCCACCCCCAGGGAUGGAUCUUCGGCAAGUUCAUGUGUCACUUUGUGUUCCUGAUGCAGCCAGUGACAGUGUAUGUGUCCGUGUUCACCCUGACAGCCAUUGCCGUUGACAGGUAUUAUGCCACAGUUCACCCACUGAAGAAGCGUAUAUCCAUUGUGACGUGCACCUACAUCCUGGCCGGGGUCUGGCUCAUGUCCUGUGCCCUGGCAGCUCCUGCCUUCGCGCACACCUAUCACAUUGAAUUCCAGGACCAAGACCUGACCAUCUGUGAGGAGUUCUGGGUGAGGAAGGAGAAAGAGCACCUGGCCUAUGCCUACAGCACCCUCAUCAUAACGUAUAUCCUCCCACUUUCGGCUGUCUCCUUGUCCUACCUCCGUAUCACCCUCAAACUCAAGAACCGCGUUGUCCCCGGGAAUGCUACGCAUAGCCAAGAGAGGUGGGAGAAGGUGAAACGCAAAAAGAUAUUCCGUCUGCUGGUGCUGGUUGUGACUGUGUUCGGUGCUUGUUGGCUCCCUCUUCAUGUCUUCAAUGUCAUCCGUGAUAUAGACAUCAGCCUCAUCAAUAAGGAGUACUUCAACCUGAUUCAGCUCCUAUGUCACUGCUCUGCCAUGACAUCUGCUUGCUGCAAUCCUUUCCUCUAUGCCUGGCUCCACGACCGGUUCAGGGCAGAGCUGAAGAAGAUGUUCACCUGCAAGAAGAAAAUUGUCCCAACUAACAACUGUAUUGCAGUGAGCGUCGUGUUAUGA